AUUACAGCUCCAUGUUUCCAACAGCUCUGUCUCUUCUGCCUUACCUAUUCCUAUACCUUUGUGGACAACUAUUCUUGCCUAUUUCGAAAUGUAUAAGUAAAAGUGCUGUAGCUGGAACAGCGCCUGGUGUGAGGAGCGACUCAAACCAUCUUGUCUUGGAGAAUCUCUAUCAGAGGAUCCUGAGAAAGAGCAAGCAAGCCCAAUGGAGGACAGCCCCAGGAUGGUGAAAGCAGACAGGAGUGAAAGCCAGAUGCCAGAAUAUCAAAGGAGAUGGUGCAUCCCCAAGGCACUCAGUUAUGUCACCGGCGAUAUGAGAGAAUUUGCUGGCUGGCUGAAAGACAAACCCGUGGUGCUCCAGUUCAUUGACUGGAUACUUCGAGGCAUAUCCCAAGUGGUGUUUGUCAGCAACCCCAUCAGUGGAAUCCUCAUUCUGGUGGGACUCCUGGUGCAGAGCCCAUGGUUGGCCCUCAAUGGCUGUGUGGCCACAGUGGUCUCCACUCUGACGGCCCUCUUGCUCAGCCAGGACAGGGCAGCCAUUGCAGCAGGACUCCAUGGCUACAAUGCCACCCUGGUGGGGAUCCUCAUGGCUGUCUUCUCAGACAAGGGAGACUAUUUCUGGUUGAUGUUAAUUCCCGUAUCAGUGAUGUCUAUGACUUGCCCAAUUUUCUCAAGUGCUUUGGGCUCUGUGUUAUGCAAAUGGGACCUGCCUGUCUUCACUCUGCCCUUCAACAUGGCGCUAUCCAUGUACCUGUUGGCCACAGGACAUUACAAUCCCUUCUUCCCAACCAUGCAAUUCACACCUGUGAAUGCUGUUCCCAAUAUCACCUGGACUGAGCUCAGUGCCCUAAAGCUGUUGGAAUCUGUGCCUGUGGGAAUCAGUCAGAUCUAUGGCUGUAGCAGUCCGUGGACUGGGGGCAUCUUCCUGUGUGCCAUCCUCCUCUCCUCCCCACUCAUGUGCCUGCAUGCUGCCAUCGGCUCACUGCUGGGGAUUGUGGCAGGACUCAGCAUCUCUGCUCCAUUUGAGAAUAUCUACUUUGGCCUCUGGGGCUUCAACAGCUCCCUGGCCUGCAUCGCAAUUGGAGGCAUGUUCAUGGCACUCACCUGGCAGACCCACCUCCUAGCCCUCGCCUGUGCCCUGUUCACUGCCUACUUUUCGAUCAGCAUGUCACACAUGAUGGCUGUGUUUGGCUUGCCAUCCUGUACCUGGCCCUUCUGCUUGGCCACGCUCCUGUUCCUCUUGAUCACCACGGGAAACCGAAACAUCUACAGAAUGCCACUGAGUAAAGUCACCUACACGGAAGAAAACCGCAUCUUCUACCAGCAAGCUAAGAAAAGAUUGGUAGAAAGCCCUUUGUGAGAGCAACCCAAGUCAAGCAACCCAACUACAGCCAAGGUCACAAGGCAUUUCUGAGUCCCUGCCCCUGUGGACUACUGAGUCUCCAGAAAACUGCAAUUUUCACUAAUAGCAACUUUCAUACUAACCCUUUGGCAAUCUGUUCUUAAACAUAUUUUGUUGGUUUUUUUUUUUUUCUUUUAAGACUCCAAGACCAUCUUCAGACAUGGGAGCAGCAUAUCCCAUGAGCAUGCUCUGACCAGAGAAUUUUAACCACUACUGGGGCCUUGGCACUAGGACAGUCACAUGUUUAUGAAGUAAUGAUGCACCAAUGAAAAGAAGGGAAGCUGGAGCUAGUUAUUGAUUUUUUCAUAGAUUCUUCCUAUGUGGUAGUUUAGAUGACAUUAACAGUAUUAAACAUUAAACUUUAUGAACCAGCUAGGCCUCAGGUGAAUGGAAUUAACAGUCACAAAAUUGAAGCCAACCUGCUAUUCUCAGCUAAGCAGGUUGGCUUGUUAAAAUCAAUAUAAAUUAUACACUGGAGCCAUGGACAGCACUGGGGGGUUGGGAGUAGGGCAGGCUGCUCGCAGAGUUUAUUCUCUGCUCCUACUGUUUGAGGGUAGGGUUGGAAGAGGCAUUAUUUAAUGGAGAGGUUGGGUGUUAUUUUCAAGCUGCAGAAGGGAGAAAGGGAUUCUAUUAGUCACAAUUUUUUUCGGUAUUGUCACUUUCCUUGGCAGACUGAAAAGGAGUUUUUUUUUUUUACUGCAUUAUUUCUCUUUGUAGCUUUGUUUUUUUUUCAGUGAGCUAAAAUAAGAGUUCUUGGCUGACUCUGUUUCUUGAUAUUAAAGAACAAUUGUGAUUUUAUAAAAUAGCAUAGCUAGAUUUAAUUUGUUUCCUAAAUUGAUUUUGUAAAUGCCACCAGAGCAUUUAAAUCAAGUCAUCCACAUCCAAGGACCCCCUUACAAUCACAUUUUAAAUUCAUCUGAAAUAUGUUAUAAAGACUAAAAGUGAAGGCCAGUGUCUUUCUAGGAGUUUAGGAGCUGUUGAAGUUCUUUACUUUUCUCUUUAAAUCAUUCUUGGAGCUAGAUAUAUAGUGCAGACAGUAAGGAACUUGCCUUGCAUGUAGUCAAUAAUGGCUUCAUCAUCUCCAGUAUCCCAUAUGGUUCCCCAAGUGCACCAGGAAUUACUUCUAAGUGCAAAGCCAGGAGCAACCACUGUGCAUCACUGGGUAUGAUCCAAACUACCCCUGCAAAAAACCAUUCUUUUCCAAACACACCAUACUCUUGCUCAGGAACAACCCUGAGAAAUCCAAGUAAAGGAUUAUCCUGUUUUGUCACUUAAAAAUUAUCCAUUCUAUAAAUAUCCAGAAACCCAAUAUGCUGAAGAUGUUGGUAGAAAGUGAUCAGCUCAGCAUUUUAUAGGAUUAAAAUGUGAAACUCUGGAAUCCUCAAUGUUUUCCCAGGCUUGCAGUGCUCAGUGCAAAAUACAGUUUGCUGAAUGAAACAAUAAAAGAGAAGUUACCUUACUGAUAGUUGAAGAAGAAAUUCACUUCUUUUUCUCAGGAAAACACUUUUUCUGACAUAAAACCUUGUAACCAAAGAGCCUUUGAAACCAUGAAUCCUAAAGUCAUAAAUGUAUGUAUAUUCCUUUGGAAAAAGUCAAAUUUCAAUGUUUGAACUGAAAAUAAGAGCUGAAGGAUGGAUGGGGACAAAGAAGCAGCAUCAGUUGAGAUAGCCAGCAGGAAAACUGAGGGUCCAUGUUUGGAUUGGAGCAUUCAGCUCUUGUGCUAAGUACUUGCUUUCUCCCUGUGUGCUUUCAGACUUGUAAAUAGGAAUACUUAAAGUCUUGUAUAUUUGCUACUUUAAAUGACCUUCAUUUUCUCAAGCUAUUUUUGUUACUGAAUAUUGUUCUAAAAUUAAGUAUUGUAUUCAUUUUUAAAGAGCCCUUGAAUCUUUUCCUACUGUUCAUUUAACAGAUUUCUAUGUAAGAAUGUGAAUAAAUAAUACUCACAACUCA